AUGGUCCCAGAUCCGCGAAGGACUGAAACAGUUUCUGAAGCGUCCCUCGCGCAGUGGCUCCGCUCCACCUCCCACUCGCGCUACCACCGUGGCCGCGGCUCCAGGAGUCGCCGCGGGGCCAGCGUCGCCCUCCCGCUGCUGCGCAUCGGGAGCCGGAAAGGCCGCCCUCUUCUAUUUGUUCUUGGGCGUCAGAGCGGCACCCUACUCUAUGAGCCUUUGGAUCCGGCUGGCACUUCGUCACGUCAUCGGCCGAAGGCGCCGGAAGUGAGUUUGCGCGCCCUGCGAUACACGCGUGCGCUGGAGGUGCCGGGGGUGCGGGGCAAGCAGGGUGGUGUGUGUGUGAGGCUGGAGCGGACCGCGGAGCGCAGACCUGCCGAGGGACGAGGGCGAGCGGUGGCUUGGACCCCGGCGGAGACGCGGGCGAGCUGCGGCUUGGAUGCCGGCGGAGACGCGGGCGAGCGUGCUCGUUGCCGGCAUCUCCAGCGCCCGGCCAAGCUUCGACGGCGUGACCUGGAUCAUUUCCUGGCCGCCUCUCUCUCCGGCGGCUCCCCUCGGCCCGGCUCCCACUUCCCCGUCCAGGACGCUGACUGCGAAGCAACAUCUGUGGUCGCGCGGGACUCCUCCCAGGACCUCCCCGGAACGCGCCGGGAUGGGACGCUUGGACCCAGACCACAGCCCCCGGCCACGGCAGGGGCGCCGGGACUUGAUACCGUGUCGCCCUGGGGGGACAGAAGCGUCCCGGAGUUGGGAGGGGAUUUGAAGCCUGUGGUCCUGACUUCCACCCCGUGGCUGAGGGCGAGGCUGCGGGGCUGGGGUUAGGAGCAGAAGUCCCUACUUCCGAACCGUCUGGGAGAAGAGCCGAGGGAUGCCCAUCACUGCAGUUUAGGGAGAGAGAGGGAGGGACUCUGCUGCCUUGGAGGCUAGGUCAUAGGCAGCUGGCGGUGUCUCCGUGCGGGUGACCAAUCCUUGCGGUUGGGAAAUGUGUCGUGGGCGCCCGUGGACUCGUUUUGCCUUUGAGAUAAGAUAGGAAAUUUUCCCAGGACGAGUUUACAGGAGCACCUUGGGAGUUGGUUUUUGGCUUGGAGAGCUACUUUCCCCUCUCUAAAUCUAAAACUGCUUUGUUUUUCCUUAUUAUUUUUUUCGAGAUGGGAUCUCACAAUGUUGCCCAGGCAGGUGGCAAACUCCUGGCCUUAAGCGAUGCUCCCGCCUCGGCGUCUCGGAGUGCUGGGAUUAGAGACCUGAGCCAUUGCGCGGCUUUAACUGCUGUUAAAGAGUCUGUUCCUUAAAAUUGUUGUACCAGGAAACUUGCCAGAGAUGCAAGAAAAUGUGAUUAUAUUGUUAACAUUUAAUGAUAAAUAACAUUUUGCUUUUAAGAGUUACUGAUUCAUAUCCGCAGGAUUAAGAAAUGUUCAGGAUUUGAAUUUUUUUUUUUUUUUUUGAGACAGAGUCUCGCUCUGUCGCCCAGGCUGGAGUGCAGUGGCGCGAUCUCCGCUCACUGCAAGCUCCGCCUCCCAGGUUCACGCCAUUCUCCUGCCUCAGCCUCCCGAGUAGCUGGGACUACAGGCGCCCGCCAACACGCCCGGCAAAUUUUUUGUAUUUUUAAUAGAGAUGGGGUUUCACCGUGUUAGCCAGGAUGGUCUCGAUCUCCUGACCUCGUGAUCCGCCCGCCUCGGCCUCCCAAAGUGCUGGGAUUACAGGCUUGAGCCACCGCGAGGAUUUGAAUUCUUAAUGACUUUCCAAGCAGUCAUGUUUCUGCUCUCUAGAAGUUAGCCAACUGAAGAGAAAGGACAGUCAAGAUACUUUCAAUACAGUGUGGUAAGGAGUGUGAGCUAAGAUGGAGCACCGAGGAAGGAGUCGGGCAUUUAGGCCACGCUGUUGAAUGUGGAGUCUGGAAGGGAUCAGGGAAUACUUUCUGCAAGUGUCUUGAAGAAUGAGUAACAUUCAGACUAACAGGGUGGAGUGAGGGAGAGGGGGGAACCAAAGGAGAGGAGGCCAGUAACUACAAGGAGGUGCUUAAUUAUUUAUUUAUUUAUUUAGAGAGAGGGUCUCACUUUGUCACCCAGGCUGGAGUACAGUGAUGCGAUCACGAGUCACUGAAGUCUCAACUGCCUGGGCUCAAGUGAACCUCCCACCUCAACCUCCCGAGUAGCUGAGACUGCAAAUGGGUGCUGCCACACCCAGCUGAUUUUUAAAGAUUUUGUAAAGAUGGGGACUUGCUGUUUUGCCCAGGCUAGUCUUGAAUUCCUGGACUCAAGCAAUUCUCCCGCCUCAACUGUCCCAAAGUGCUGAAAUUACAGGCAUCGGCUACCGAGCCUGGAGGGUGGUUAUUAAAGAGAAAAAGUACAGGACAGAGAUGUAGAAGCUUAGGCUUUAAUCUGAUGGUGACAGCACCAGGGAAGGGUUGUUAGCUAGGUCCUUAUGUGGUUAAAAUGGGUCUCCCUGGCCAGCCGCGGUGGCUCAUGCCUGUAAUCCCAGCACUUUGGGAGGCCGAGGCGGUCGGAUCACGAGGUCAGGAGUUCAAGACCAGCCUGACCAACAUGGUGAAACCCGUCUCUACUAAAAAUACAAAAAAUUAGCCGGGCAUGGUGGCGGGUGCCUGCAUCUGGCCUAAAUUUUUUUGUAGAGAUGGAAUUCCUGUAUGUUUCCCAGGGUGGUCUCCAACCCCUGGCCUCAAGUGAUUCUCUAGCCUUGGACUCCCAAAGUGUUGAGAUUAUAAACAUGAGCCACUGCACCUGGCCUUAAAAUGGAAUUUUAUGUAGCUCUUAUGUACAGGCUGUUAUGUAGCUGAUAAGGACAAAUGUUUUCGGUAUAGUGCUGGAUUAUUUGCUUUUUUUUUUUUUGAGAUGGAGUCUUGCUUUGUCACCGGGCUAGAAUGCAGUGGUGUGAUCUUGGCCACUACAACCUCCACCUCCUGGGUUCAAGUGAUUCUCCUGCCUCAGCCUUCUGAGUAGCUGGGAAUAUAGGCACGUGCCACCAUGCCAAGCUAAUUACUGCUGUCUUGUAUUUUAAUCUUCUCUGCCUCUGCUCAUUAGAUGUUUGAAGUGAGGCCAGGCAUGUUGGCUCACGCCUGUAAUCCCAGCACUUUGGGAGGCCAAGGUGGGAGAAUCACUUGAGGCCAGGAGUUGGAGACCAGCCUGGGCAACAUAGCAAGACUGCAUCUCUACAAAAAAAAAGAGAAGAUGCUUGAAGUGAAUGUAUACUCAUUUCCUAGUUGUUUCUUUCUGUAAGGAUGUCUGACCCGGCUAAUUUGUAAACAGGAAUUCUGCAUUCAUUUCUCUGUUUGCAUUCUCAACCCCAACUGGGCACACAAGUGUUUAAUGAGUAUUUAACUGAUUUGAUAAGAAUAAUUCAUUGAUUUCUUUGAUUUUUGUUGCUGGUUUUCAGUGAACAAAAUGUUACCAGUACUUACUCAUUGUGAUGUCUACAUAUACAACUAAGAUUCUGUUUACCUAUGUCAGUCUCUGGCUAGAGACAUAGAAUUUCAGUCUUGACUGUGUGCGUUUAAUUUCUGGCACGUGGGGUUUUAUUGGCUGCAGAGCAAACAUCUCUAGCAGAGAUGACCUAUCCCUCAAAUGUAGGAAAUACCUGUGUAAACCUAACACCUGUGACUCAGAAUAGAAAUGGUACGAAGUGGCUUCUUAGCCCAUCAGUGAAGUUACCACACUAUAGGCCAGCUGCGGUGGCUCAUAAUCCCACCACUUUGGGAGGCUGAGGUGGGCAGAUCACUUAAGGCCAGGAGUUUGAGACCAGCCUGGAUGAAGACGGCGAAACCUCGUCUCUACUAAAAUACAAAAAACUUAGCCAUGCAUGGUGGUGUGCGCCUGUGAUCUCAGCUACUCGGGAGUCUGAGGCACAAGCAUCUCUUGAACCCAGUAGGCGGAGGUUGCAGUGAGCCGAGAUCGUGCCACUGCACUCCAGCCUGGGCAACAGAGUGAGACUCUGUCUCAAAAAAAAAAAAAAAAAAAAAGGUGAUCACACUAAAACCAAAAGUUUCAGGCUGAUGCAGUGGCUCAUGCCUUUAAUACCAGUGCUUUGAGAGGCCAAAGUGGGAUGAUCGCUUGAGUCCGGGAGUUCCAGGCUGCAGUGAGCUGUGAUCAGGCCACUGCACUGCAGCCUGCAUGAUAGAGUGAUACCCUGUCUCCAUAAAAAGAAGUUUCAUAAUACAGGCCAAACAUUUUGAAAGUCUUAUUAAAUACACUUUUAUCAUAGAGCACUGUAGAAACAUCAUGUGUGUUAUUUCACAUGGCUGAAGUGAGUUUAAAUAAUCUAGACUAUUGUCAUAAUACGUAAACAUGUGAAACAACAGGUAUCCUAUUUAAUACUCUUUAACAUGUUUAUUUGUUUGAUGUUUGGAUAAGGCUCCUAAAAUGCUGUAGGAAAACAUCAUAGUUUUUGGUGCUGUUUUCAAGUUUCCUGUGAAAUUCCUAUUUUCAAUGAAGUGACCGUCAGUAGGAUAGGAAGUGUAAUUUUUAUUUAUAGUAGAACUUUUUUCUCUCUUUUUUUUUUUGAGACGGAGUCUUUUUUUUUUUUUUUUUGAGACGGAGUCUCGCUCUGUCGCUCAGGCUGGAGUGCAGUGGCGCAAUGUCACUGCAAGCUCCGCCUCCCGGGUUCACGCCAUUCUCCUGCCUCAGCCUCUCCGAGUAGCUGGGACUACAGGCGCCCGCCACCACGCCCGGCUAAUUUUUUUGUAUUUUUAGUAGAGACGGGGUUUCACCAUGGUCUCGAUCUCCUGACCUCAUGAUCCGCCCAUCUUGGCCUCCCAAAGUGCUGGGAUUACAAGCGUGAGCCACCGCGCCCGGCCGAGACAGAGUCUUCCUCUGUUGCCCAGGCUAUAGUGCAGUGGUGCGAUCUCGGCUCACUGCAAGCUCUGCCUCCUGGGUUCAAGCCAUUCUCCUGCCUCAGCCUCCCGAGUAGCUGGGACUACAGGCACCCGCCACCACGCCUGGCUAAUUUUUUAUAUUUUUAGCAGAGAUGGGGUUUCACCGUGUUAGCCAGGAUAGUCUCAAUCUCCUGACCUCGUGAUCCGCCAGCCUCGGCCUCCCAAAGUGCUGGGAUUACAGCUGUGAGCCACCACGCCCGGCCUUUUUUUUUUUUUUUUCUUUUUUUGAGACAGAGUCUCGCUCUGUUGCCCAGGCUGGAGUGCAGUUGCUCGAUCUCAGCUCACUGCAACCUCUGCCUCCCAAGUUCAAGCAGUCCUCCUGCCUCAGCCCCCCAGUAGGUGGGAUUACAGGCACACACCACCAUGCCUUGCUAAGUUUUGUAUUUUUAGUGGAUACGGGGUUUCGCCAUGUUGGCCAGGCCAGUCUCAAACUCCUGAACUGAGGCGAUCCAUCCUCCUCGGCCUCCCAAAGUGCUGAGAUUGCAGGCAUGAGCCACCGCAUCCAGCCCUUAUCUUGGAUUUCUAGACUCCACAACCAAGAGAAGUAAAUUUCUGUUGUUUAAGCCAAAAAAAAAAAGAAAAGAAAAAAAGAAGAAGAAGAAGAAUAUAGGCUAUGAGUAGUGGCAUGUUCCUGCAGUCCAGGCUACUCAGGCAGUUGAGGUGGGAGGAUCUCUUGAGCCCAGGAGAGAUUGGUGGAAUGUAUUAAAUGAAUAGGUGGAUGACAGAGCCUUGGGAAAUGUAAAAAAAAUUAGUAAAAUAAAAUAAAACAUGAUCCAUCUGUAUACUGUCUAUAAAUACAGAUUCACUUUAGAUACAAAGACACAAAGAGAUUGAAAACAAAAGAAUGAAGAAAUAACUUCCAUGCAAAAAGUAACCAAAUGAGGCCAGGCUUAGUGACUCAUGCCUACUGUAAUCCCAGCACUCUGGGAGGCUGAGGUGGGCAGAUCACUUGAGGUCAGGCGUUCAAGACCAGCCUGACCAACAUGGAGAAACCCUGUCUCUACUAAAAAUACAAAAUUAGCUGGGUGUGGUGGUGCAUGCCUGUAAUCCCAGCUACUUGGUAGGCUGAGGCAGGAGAAUCACUUGAACCCAGGAGGCAGAGGUUGCAGUGAGCUGAGAUCACGUUAUUGCACUCCAGCCUGAGCAACAAGAGUGAAACUCUGUGUCAAAAAAAAAAAAAAAGUAACCGAAUGACAUCAGGAGUGGCCAUCUGUUAGGCAAAAUAGGUUUUAAGCCAAAAAUGGUUAUGAGAGACAAGGGAAUUCUAUACUGAUGAAAAGUUUAAUCCAACAAGAAGAUAUAAUAAUUUAAACAUAUAUGCACCUAACAACAGAGCACCAAAACAUAUGAAGCAAGAAAGGAUAGAAUUGAAGGGAGAAAUAGAGUUUCAUGAUGAUCAUUGGUGACCUCACUACCUCAACUUUAUAACAAUCAGAGACCAGAUCAAUAGGAAAGAGAGCACUUGAACAACAUGAUAAUCCAGCUAGAUCUAAUGGACGUUUACAGAUACCCACCCAACAACAGCAAAAUACACAUUCUUUUCAAGAGCAUGUGGGACGUUGUCCAGAGUAUAUAGUGUAUUAGGCUGCAAAACAAGUAUUAAUGUUUUAAAAGAUUGAAAGUAUCCAAAGUGCUAAGUAUUUUAUAAUCACCAUGGAAUGAAACUAGACAUCAGUAACAAGGAAAACUUGAAAACUCACAAAUAUAUGGAAUGCAAACACACUCUUAAACAAUCACUGGUUGAAGAUGAAAUCAUACAGGAAAUUAGAAAACACUUUGAGAUGAAUGAAAAUGAAAACACAACAUACCAGAAUUUAUGGGAUGCAGUUAAAGCAGUGCUCAGAGGGAAAUGUAUAGCUGUAAACAUCUACCUUUAAAAAUAAGAAAGCCAAGAGUGGUGGCUCAUGUCAACAUCCCAGCAUUUUGGAAGGCCGAAGCGGGGGGGAUCACCUGAGGUCAGGAGUUCAAGACCAGCCUGACCAACAUGGCAAAAGCCCCUCACUACUAAAAAUACAAAAAUUAGCCAGUCAUGGUGGUGCAGGCCUGUAAUCCCAGCUACUUGGGAGGCUGGGGCGGGAGAAUUCCUUGAACCUGGGAGAGGGAGGUUGCAGUGAACCGAGAUUGCACCACUAUAUUCCAGCCUGGGUGACAGAGUGAGACUCCAUCUCAAAAAAAAAAAAAAAAUCAAUAAAAAUAAAAAUUAAAAGAAAGAUCUCAAAUCAGUCACCUAACUAUACACUUUAAAGGAUCUAGAAAAGAAGAGCUAAACCCAAGCUAGCAGAAUACAGUAAACAAAGAUUAGAGUGAAAAUAAAUAAAGAAUAGGAAAAGAAGAGAAUAGGUAGAAUUAAAAGUUUUUUACAGGUCAGCAAAAUCGACAAAUUUUUAGCUAGGUUUACUAAGAGAAAAAAAAGAAGACUCAAAUAGCCAAAAUCAGAAAUGAAAAUGAGGACAUUACUGUGACUUUACAGUAAUUAACGUGAGUAUAAGAGAAUACUAUAAACAUAGGUACACCAGCAAAUUGAAUAACCAAAUGAAAUGGUAAAUCUCUAGAAACACAAAACCUACCAAAACUGAAUCACAAAUAAAUAAAAAAUAUGGGUAAACUGGCCAGGCAAGGUGGCUCACGCCUGUAAUCCCAGCACUUUGGGAGGCCGAGGUGGGCAGAUCACCUGAGGUCAGGAGUUCGAGACCAGCCUGGCCAACAUGGUGAAACCCUGUCUCUACUAAAAAUGCAAAAAAUAGUUGGGCAUGGUGGUAGGCACCUGAAAUCCCAGCAACUCGGAGGCUGAAGCAGGAGAAUCACUUGAACCCGGGAGGCGGAGGUUGCAGUGAGCCAAGAUUGCACCAUUGCACUCCAGCCUGGGGGACGAGAGCAAGACUUCGUCUCAAAAAAAAAGAAAAUAGGGGUAAACCUAUAACUAGUAAGAAGAUUAAAUUAGUAAUUAAAAUCCUCCCAACAAAGAAAUACCCCUGACUGGAUGGCUUUACCAGUGAAUUCUACCAGACAUUUAAAGGAAAAUUAAUGCCAAUUUUUUGCAAACUCUUUCAAAAACUUGAAGAGGAGGAAAUACUUUCUAACUCAUUCUAUGAGGCCAGCAUUACCUUGAUAACUAAAGCCAGACAAAGGCACUACAAGAAAACAACUGACCAAUAUUGUUUAUAAACAUUGAUAAAAAAAUUCUUAAGAAAACACUGCCAAACUGGCUGGGCACAGUGGCUCAUGCUGGUAAUCCCAGCACUUUGGGAGGCCAAGGCAGGUGGAUCACUUGAGCUCAAGAGUUCAAGACCAGCCUGAGUAACAUAGUGAAACCCCAUCUCUACCUAAAAUACAAAAAUUAGCUGGGUGUGGUGUUACACGCCUGUGGUUCCAGCUACUUGGGAGGCUGAGGUGAAAGGAUCUGGGAAGUUGAGGCUGCAGUGCGCCAUGAUUGCAUCAUGGCGCACUGCAGCCUGGGUGACAGAGCAAGACACCAUCUUAGAAAAUAAAUGAAUAAAUAUUUAAAAAAAUUAAAUUUACAAAAAGAGAAAACACUGCCAAAUUGAAUUUAGCAGAAUGUUAUUAAAAGGAUUGUAUAAGGCCAGGUGCGGUGCCUCACCCCUAAAAUUCCAGCACUUUGGGAGGCUGAGGAAGGUGGGUCACUUCAGGUCAGGGGUUCGAGACCAGCCUGGCCAACAUGGUGAAACUCUGUCUCUACCAAAAAAAAAAAACAAAAAAAAAGUUAGCCUAGUGUGGUGGCGAGCGCCUGUAAUCCCAGCUACUUCAGAGGCUGGGGCACAAGAAUCGCUGGAACCCGGGAGGCGGGGGUUGCAGCGAGCUGUGAUCAUGCCACUGUCCUCCAGCCUGGACGACAAAGCGAGCCUCCAUCUCAAAAAAACAAAAAGAAAAUGACAACAUCAAAUGUUGCAGAGGAUAUGGAUUAAUGAAAACUCUCAUAUAUUGUUGGUGGAACUGUAAACUAGUAGCAACCACACUGACAGACAGUUUGACAGUUUCUUAAAGAAUUAGUUGUACACCUGCCAUACUGUACAUAAUUCUGUAUAUUCCUAGGCAUUUACUCUAGAGAAAUUGAAAAUAUACAUCUACACAAGGACGAACACAAGUAUUUAAAGCAGCUUUAUUCCUAAUAGUACAAAACUGUACACAGCCCAGAUGUCUGUACCUAGAAGAGUGGAAAGUAAAUGAUGGUAUAUGCAUAUAGUGGGAUAGUACUCAGAACAAAAUAUAUGUAGAAUCAUGAAUGAGUGUCAAAAAAUGUACCGAGUGAAAAAAGUUGGACCCAAAAAACAUAUACACGUGGUCUGUGACUUAAAAUGGUUUGACUUGGGAUUUUUUCAACUUUAUGAUAGAACAAAAGCAAUAUGCAUUCAGUAGAAACUGUACUUAAAGUACCCAUAAAACCCUCCCGUUUUUCAAUUUCAGUAGAGUAUCCAAUAAAUUACACGAGAAAUUCAACACUUUAUUACAAAAUAGGCUUUGUGUUCAAUAAUUUUGCCAAACUGAAGGCUAAUGUAAGUGUUCUGAGCAUGUUUAAGACAGGCUAAGCUAAGGCUCGGCACCAUGGCUUACACCUGUAAUCCCAACACUUUGGGAGACUGAGGCGGGAGGAUCACUUGAGCUCAGGAGAUCAAGACCAGCCUGAGCAUCGUAGCAAGAUCCCAUUUCUACAAAAUUAAAAAAAAUAAUUAGUCAAGUGUGCUGACAUGCAUCUGUAGUCCCAGCUACUGGGGAGGCUGAGGUGGGAGGAUCGCUUGAGGCCAGGAGGUUGAGGCUGCAGUGAGCCAUGAUGGUGCCACUGCACUCCAGCCUGGGCGACAAAGCAAGACCCUGUUUUCUUAAAAAACAAAUAAAUAAAUAAAUAAAUAAAA